AUGGCCUAUUUUAUUUUGGUCAGAGCUCGGUUCGUCAUGCUCAGCAUGUUUCUACAGAGCAGCGCUGGACAUGCUCCAAACGGCUACAAUGGCCCUUUACGAGGAGAGUAUGGUUUCCUGUCACAAUUCGACGGCAUAUCGCCGGAGGAGGCCCGGAUGCGAGUCCGCCACAUGCAGGGGAACUUCGGCAUCAUGGAGUUCCAGUUCGUCAACGCGUUGGGAGGGCUGACCGUCCCUCCAGAUCUCGGUGCUGAUUCUUGGACAUGUGCGCGCGACGGCUCAGUUAUCCGCCGUGAUGUCCUUAGAGCCUAUAUAGACGAGAUAGUUUUUUGGGGUGGCCGGUCUUGGCUGGUCAUCGAGUCCAUUUCGACAGAGGGUGGCGACGGCGGCGUGCACUCUGCAGCUUUGCGGGAACUCGCGAUGAACACGAUGGCCCUCACAGCGGACUGGGCACGCUCAUCUUCUCCCGAGUGGGCGGACUUUGCUUCCGCGCUGGGCUUCUCAGGGAUACAUUGGGAAAGCUCGGACAACUUCCACGCGACGGCUUCGGGAUUAUUGGAUAUUCCUGGUUUUCUGAACGCCGCCAAGGCGGUAUUGGAUUCAAGGUCUAUGGGGCAGACCUUCAACUUUCCUGAUGGUUUUGGAUGGGACAGGCAACUUGUAGUGGACAACGUGGUCGCUUUUACGAUUUGGUCAGCAUGGCGACUCACGAACGAGGAGCAGCUCCUUGCCGACCUACCUGCUGGCAGCGUCCUCGUUUCUUUCCCAGGAAGUGACGGCGAGCAUGCCGGCGAGGCCUGGAACAGCGAAGAGGUCGGAAAGACCCCGCUGGAGCUGAUCAUGGCCCGAUGGAAGAAGGCCCGCUGCUUUGGCGACUCCUUCCUUGCGGUGGGCGAUGGCCUCAGGUACGUCACAACCGACUACUUCCCAGACGCCCGACCGCUGAGCGAUGAUGAGCUCGAGCAGGUGGUAGAGCAAGUCUUCGUCAAUGUGGACUCAUCUCACUGCUCGAAGCUCGGCGUGCCGUACGUGGACAUGCCAGAGGUGCCUGAAGUCCCCCCGCAGUCUGUAGAGGACGAUGCGGAGUCGACGCGCCUGCAGUCGACCGUGCACGAAAUCGAGGACAGGUCCCUGUUCCUCAACCCUCGCCGCGCCCGCCACGCCGGCGCCGGUCGGCCACGCAUGGCCGCGGGCGCCGCGUCCCCAGACGCGAGCGCGGCUCUCUGGCCAACAAUAAUCGUGCUGGUGAUGCUUGGUGCCGUCGUUGGUUCAGCAACGACGCUGGUGCUAUUGAAGGCGCGGCUGCCCGAGCGCGCCGGAAGCGUCGGGAGCUACGCCGGCGCGUCGUCGCCCGCCUGCAGAGAGUGA